AUGGGCGGGAAAGGUAAGGGUAAAAGACUCACAGGCACCACCCAGAAGACUUCAGGCAGUAAGAAGAAGGGAGGGGUGCGCCGCGGCAAGAAGCAACAGCGAUGGGAUCUGUACAUUCAUCGGACCCUGCGUCACGUGUACAAGCGUGGGACGCUCUCCAAGGCGGCCGUGCGGGUGCUCUCGUCCUUCAUUGAAGAUAUGUACAGCAAGAUUCAGAGCGAGGCUGUUCACGUGGCGUGCAUCAAUAAUGUGAAGACAUUAACUGCACGUGAAAUUCAAACGUCUGCCCGUCUACUUUUGCCGCCUGAACUCGCCAAGCACGCAAUGAGCGAAGGCACCAAGGCCGUUGCAAAAUACAACGCGUCGCGCGAAGAGGCGUACGCAAAGGUCGUGUAG